AUGCUGAGUGGUGCUCUUACUUGGUGGAAUGCAUAUGCUGAUGUUGUAGGAAUCGAUGAUGCUAACGCAACUCCUUGGGACGAAGUUAAGGAAAUGAUGAGGGAAGAAUAUUUUCCGAGGAAUGAGAUUCAGAAGUUAGAAAUGGAGUUUUGGAGUUUGACGGUGAAAGGAAACAACAUUGCUGCCUAUACUAGGCGUUUUCACGAAUUGUCGGUAUUAUGCCCUAUAAUGGUUAAGCCAUUGUACAAACAAGUUGAGCGAUACCUUUGGGGACUUCCUCAAUCUAUCCAAGGGAAUGUGAUGGCAUCAAAACCCGUUACGCUUUCAAAUGUUGUUCGUUUAACUCAUGAGCUCAUGGAUCAAGCAAUUCGUCACGGAGCAGUAAUCAAGACUGCGGAAGUUAGGAACUUUGAUAAUAAGAGAAAAUGGGAUGGGAACCAAGGAAGAAACUUCACUCCUCGACCAUUCAGGAAGCCUGAUAACAUAAGCGCCUACAACGCGGGCCCGGGCAAUAACAUGCCAAACAAGGGAAACUCGCCAGUUUGUGGCCAGUGCAAGCGUCAUCAAGGACCAUGCAAGUACUAUGAAAAGUGCAAAAGUUAUGGCCAUCUUACUAGAGAUUGUAAGACUACCCCACCUACUAAUAUCAGAACCGCACCUGGAGGUUGUCACCAUUGCGGAGAUAAGGGGCAAUGGAGGCCAAAUUGCCCAAAGCUGAAUGUCAUGAAUUUCCAACCAGCUCGUGGGAGAGCAUUUGUUAUCACACCAGAACAAGCUCGGAAUGACCCUAACCUCGUUACGGGUACGUUCCUUAUCAACAACUUCUAUGCAUCUGUUCUAUUUGAUAUUGGUGCUGAAAAAUGCUUUGUAUCUGAAGAAUUCACCCCGUCACUUAAUACAAUUCCCGAUAGAUUAGAUGCUAAGUAUACAGUAGAAUUAGCUAACGGAUACUUAAUGCCUGUAAAUUUAGGAAGCUUUGACAUAGUCAUCGGUAUGGAUUGGUUGUCGAAACAUCAUGCCGAAAUCUUGUGCCGUGAUAAGGCAAUCCGAAUUCCUCUCCCGAAUGGAGAAGUGAUUAUCAUACAAGGAGAGAAAAGUGGCACACCACUAAACAUCAUAUCGUGUAUGAAAGCUCGGAAGUGCUUGAAGAAAGGAUAUUUAUCUAUCCUAGCACACGUGAAAGAAAAGAAUUCAGAUGAGAAACGAUUAGAAGAGGUGCCAGUAGUCAAAGAAUUUCCCGACGUAUUUCCAGAAGAAUUACCAGGACUCCCACCAUCUAGACAAGUAGAGUUUCAUGUUGAUUUAGCACCUGGAGCGAAACCAGUAGCUCAAGCACCUUAUCGUUUAGCCCCGUCAGAAAUGCUUGAAUUAUCUAAUCAGUUACAAGAACUGUUAGAUAAAGGUUUCAUUAGACCAAGUUUCUCACCUUGGGGAGCUCCGCUGAAAGUUAAGGAAGAAGACAUACCUAUAACAGCUUUCAGAACUCGUUAUGGCCACUGUGAAUUUUUAGUGAUGCCAUUUGACUUAACAAAUGCACCAGUUGUUUUCAUGGAUCUGAUGAACCACGUAUGCAAACCAUACUUGGAUCAAUUCGUCAUUGUAUUCAUCGAUGACAUUCUCAUAUAUUCGAAAAGUAAGGAGGAACACGAGCAACAUUUGAGGAAAAUCUUAGAACUGCUCAAGAAGGAGCAACUGUAUGCCAAAUUCUCAAAAUGUGAUUUCUGGAUUGAGAAAGUACAGUUCUUAGGUCACGUUGUUACCAGCAAGGGUAUUCACGUGGAUCCUGCAAAGAUAGAAGCUGUGGAAAAAUGGGAAGCACCCAAGACACCAUCAGAAAUCUGCCAGUUUUUAGGUCUUGCUGGCUAUUACCGACGAUUCAUCGAAGGUUUCUCUAAAAUAGCGCAGCCAUUAACAUCCUUAACUCAGAAGGACAAGAAAAUCUUUUUAGACUGA